CAACAGCAAUCGCGGAUCGUGUCUCCAUCUCGAACCCCCUUCUCGACGAACAAAGGAGAAUUAAAGACAAGAAAAAUACCAGAAAGAGAAAAUAAUAAAGUGACGAAAAAUGGACGCAGAGGAUGGCACCGUUCCUCUUGACGAGACAUAUGCGGAGACGGUCAACCACCACGGUCGAAUUUUUCAGCAGCAUGCCUUGGCUAGCAGGACAUAUUUUGCGCCGAUCGAUGAAGAAGAAAUAGCGCGAUUGGGAGAAAUGCACUCCAUGCUUCUCACCGUCUUCGAUAACAGAUUGAUAUUCCCCCCCAUCAGCAGGCCUGAUAAAAUCCUUGAAUGUGGAUUUGGCGCAGCAGAUUGGGCUGUUGAUGUUGCUGAACAUUAUCCAGAUGCAGAGGUUGUUGGAUUAGACAUUAGUCCGCAUAUGAUUCCCGAAGUGUUGCCCGAUAACCUGGAUCUUCAGGUUGACGAUCUGAAUGGAGAGUUCACGUUUCCAUCCAACUACUUCGACGUCGUACACAGCCAGAUGAUGGCAGGCGGGAUCCAUUCAACGCGUUGGCCAAGCUAUCUGCAAGACAUGUACCGCGUCCUUCAACCAGGUGGCUGGUGUCAACUUGUUGAGAUAUAUUUCAAUGCUCAGUCGGACAAUGGAACGCUGUCGCCAGACCACGCGCUUUCGAGAUGGUCCAGCGGAUACCUUGACGCCAUGCAUCCUCAAAAGGACCCGCGAGCAGCUCUGCGCCUUAAGGAAUGGAUGAGGAGUGCAGGCUUCACCGAUAUUGAAUCGCGUCUUCUGACACUUCCCAUGUGCCCAUGGCCAACUGAUGCCCGCGACCAGAGAAUCGGCGCCUUGAACGUCAGCAACGUCAGUCAGUUGCUCUAUUCGACUGGCUUGUACCCAUUCACAGAAAUGCGAGGUAUGCCACCGGAAGAUUUUCAGCUCUUGGUAGCUCAGGCAAGAAAUGAAGCCAGCAAUCCCUCGUACAGG